AUGCAAGAUCCGGCCACAGCUUGCUUCACACGGUGUCUCGGUCGAGUGCGUGUACCGGUUGGCAUCUCGUCCCGGGAACACAAGACUCACCAGCUCAUCAGCUUCCAUCCGGUGUUGCUCGGCGGUGUGCACCGGGCUAGCGGUGCGUGGGCUGCUGCUGCAUGCGGCGGCGUCAGCGCCAGUGUUGUCAUUCUCGCGCGAUAUCUCGGAGGCAACGAGCCGCCGCGAACGCUUCCCGCGAAGGUGGCGUAUAUGGAACUCGACAUCGCGCGCACAGCUCGGUACCAGGGUGUCUCUGGCGUUGCGCAGCCUGCGUUCUUUCCCGCGUCUACAGUCAUGGCCCAGCGGAUCCUAUGCUACGUGAAAGCGACCUUGCCCCAACCCGCCUUCGAGCAGACCUUGCUGUCGUUCUUCCGCUCGCUCUGGGUGCUUCCGCAUGCCGAUAUCUCGAAACCCGACGUCGUUCGAGGCGUGUUGGACAAAUUGCACCUUUACUCGGAAGCACAAAUCGACGCGAUACUGGCGGCACCGGCCCAGAAAGAACGGAAGGACUGUCUCACGAACAAUACGCGUAGAGUCGUAGAGCUCGGCGCUUUCGGAGCGCCGUGGAUAUCGAUUCGCACAGAAAAAUGUUCAGGUUCAUACAUGGUUCGUACCGGUUCAGGGAGGUUCAAGAAAAAUUCCCUCGCCUCUGACCUAGAACCGGACUUGAAGUCCGUUUAG